CGCUCGAGUCUAACAACGACAUCGGCAGUCUCGUUCGAGCACUUCAAUCGUGAACAGGUAGAAGGCAAUCAGCUCCCGUGCCUUCGAAUCUCUAAUCGUAGAGUAACGAACAGUUUCAAUCCCUCAGUGCUCUUCAAGCGCUCGAUCCUGCAGGCGUAACGAUCAGUGGACAGCCCUGUGCGAAGUCUUCAGUUUUGAACGAUAUCUCCAAGCAUACGUGAAGCAAUGGAGAGGUUAUAUGACAGAUAUGACUGUACAUGUCCAAUUUGUGAUUCUUAUGUAAGAGCUUGUACUCUGGCUUGGAUUUGCGAGGAAUGCAAUCAAGCCACAUCUUAUCAAGCUCAAGGAUCUUAUCAAGCUCAAGGACCUUGUCAAGCUCAAGGAUCUUGUCAAGCUCAAGGACCUCGUCAAGCUCAAGGACCUCGUCAAGCUCAAGGACCUCGUCAAGCUCAAGGACCUCGUCAAGCUCAAGGACCUCGUCAAGCUCAAGAACCUCGUCAAGCUCAAGAACCUCGUCAAGCUCAAGAGCCUCGUCAAGCUCAAGAGCCUCGUCAAGCUCAAGAGCCUCGUCAAGCUCAAGAGCCUCGUCAAGCUCAAGAGCCUCGUCAAGCUCAAGAGCCUCGUCAAGCUCAAGAGCCUCGUCAAGCUCAAGAACCUCGUCAAGCUCAAGGAUCUUGUCAAGCUCAAGGACCUCGUCAAGCUCAAGGACCUCGUCAAGCUCAAGGACCUCGUCAAGCUCAAGGACCUCGUCAAGCUCAAGGAUCUCGUCAAGCUCAAGGACCUCGUCAAGCUCAAGGACCUCGUCAAGCUCAAGGACCUUGUCAAGCUCAAGGACCUUGUCAAGCUCAAGGACCUUGUCAAGCUCAAGGACCUUUUCAAGCUCAAGGACCUUUUCAAGCUCAAGGACCUUUUCAAGCUCAAGGACCUUUUCAAGCUCAAGGACCUUUUCAAGCUCAAGGACCUUUUCAAGCUCAAGGACCUUUUCAAGCUCAAGGACCUUUUCAAGCUCAAGGACCUUUUCAAGUUCAAGGACCUUUUCAAGCUCAAGGACCUUUUCAAGCUCAAGGAUCUUGUCAAGCUCAAGGAUUUUAUCAAGCCACAUAUGUUGUAUAUGAUGGAACCGAUGUAUCUGAUGCCUAUUUUUGCAGAAGAUAUACAAUCCAAGAGCAGUAUCAACAAUGUUCAUAGAUUGUCCAUAGAUUGUAAAUCUUGGGAGUGGAGAGACUGAUCUAUACUAUGAAAGAAGAAAAUAUGGGUUUAAUAGAAGAUAAGGACUGAUACCAACAAUUUUUAACAUGUAUAAAAUGUUUUUAAUAAUUGCAAAUAAACAACUGUUUUUAUAAAAUUGUAAUAAUUUCUAUUUUUUAAUUUAAAAACUCAAUUUCAAAUUGGCGAUCAUAGAAUCCUUUUGUUACAGAAUGUGUGUACGAAUUAACAUUUUUGUAAGUUGUAAAGAAACUUAAAAUGGAGAAAUAAAUUGUAAUCGUGCAUAGAGAA